CACAGCUGUUCCUGCUGCCACAGCAACAAUACGUAAAACGUAAACAAAGCGUUUUUGAAUUUCUAAUUUUUGGAGAGCACACAUAAAAGCUGAACCAAGGGCAAAAUGAGCGGCAAGGACGAUCGAUCCAAGGACAAUCGCAAAAAUAUGAAACAGCAUAAAUACUAUCACAAGCAGCAGCAACAGCAGCAGCGUGGUGGAGUUGGAGGUGGGAACACCUCAUCGAGUUCACCACAGACGACAGCGGUGCGCAGUCUGGUGGAUGUGGCGGAUUCCAGUGAUGAGCCGCGCUUUGGACGCAAGGGUUGGAACAGUGGCACACGCUCCCUGGCGCCACAACAGUGCCGGGACAUGCCAACGGACACGGAGGAUGUGGCGGAGUUGGGCGUGGACGGGGCACCAAUGGAUGAGAAUGCGCGGGCUCAGCUGCGCGCUGGCGACUACAAGCAGAUGUCACAGUUCCCCAGCCUUGGCGGUGGACAUUUCAGUUUUGGCGCCGAAAAGGAAUGGAACAACAUUGCCGAGGGUCAAACCCAGCUGCAUACAAAGUCAGCCAGCAGUUAUUUUACGCUUAAUCUCAGUCUGCUGAAUGCGGGACUGCAAACAAUACCGUUCUACAAACGCAUGGAUUAUCCGACAAACAUGUUUACACGUCGCCAAAUCGUGGCACAAACCGAAGCAGCCGAGCGUGCCGAGCGCUCGUAUCAGGAGCGCAUUCUACGGGAGUCCAAUGGCAAUGUCAGCGCCUCCAAAUCUCGUGCGCCAUCGGCCAAGUCCAUCAAAGAGUUGCCACCUUCACAGCCAGUGGCAACUUCCAUCGAAGCACCCGAUGAGCUGGACGAACUGCUUGCGUUGACCAACACUCAACUGGAGCAGACCACACUGACCACAGGAACUAUACUGCCACUUGCCACACCGGUGGUGCAACCAGCGACUCCUACGAGUGCCAGUAAAAACGAGGUGGAACAGUGGCUCGAUAGUGUUCUCGAUGAGUGAGCGGGUUAUCGAUAGGCCAGCUAAUCCACAAACAGUGGGUCAAGUAACUGCUUAAAUCAAAUUUGAAAAUUCUACAUAUUUAAAUUUUUUUUUUUUAGUUUUUAAUGGUUCUUAGAACAAGUAAAAAUAAAAAUCCGAUUUUUUUUUGGUGAAAACAAUUACUUGACAAACUGUAUAUCCACUUCCAACAAGUUAAUGCAGCAGCUUAAGUCGAUUUAAAUUAGCUGGUUAUCCAUGGACUAACUAAUCCACAUACAGUGGGUCAUGUGGUUAAAUCGAUUUAGAUUAAAUCCAAUUUUGUUACAUCGCAUUUAUAAACACAUUUUGUUUAGUGAUUUAUUUUUAAGUCGAUUUAAAUUGUAGUAUAAGAAUUUUUGUCAAAACAAUUACUUGACUGUGGAUUCCAAAGAGUUUAUACGACAGUUUAAAUCGGCUUAAGUUAAAUCUAAUAUAAAGUGAUUAAUCUAUAUUUUUUAAGUCGAUUAAUUGAACACAAAACUAAUUAAUACAAUUGCUUAGCACCUAUAAAAACUGAUGUAAAAAAGUCCAAGUAAAACUGAUUUUGGCUGCCUUGUAAACUUGGUGAUCUAGAACAUGCUUCAUGCGACUAUUAAACUUACUGCUAUUUUUCUUUAUUUAGAAGUACAAUUUUCUAAGAAACGCA